AUGGAGAGGGAGGUGGAGAGGAGGAGGAAGACGUUUCUGUGUAGGGUAAAGGCAAACUCUGUCCAUCAUCAUGAACCGUGUGCUUCGCCAGAAAAGGAAUCCAUGAAGCCCUACAUGCAGCAGCAACCCCACGACGUCGUGGGCGUCGACGGAAAUGGGUUCCCUGAACCUAUGGAAGGAGAAUUAGAUUUAUCAUAUUUGGACGGUGAAGAUAUUGAUGAUGAUGUGGUUGGAAAUGAGUUUCAUCCAUAUGUGUUGAACAACAAUCGCUUCUACCCGUACUUUAAGGAUUGUUUAGGGGCCAUAGACGGAACUCAUGUUCGUGUGAAGGUCCCAAGAAGUAAUGCUCAAAGAUUUCGAGGAAGAAAAGACUGGCCAACACAAAAUGUGUUUGUGGCGUGUGAUUUUGACAUGAAAUUCACUUACGUUCUUGCUGGGUGGGAAGGAACUGCAUCUGAUUCUAGAAUUUUAAAAAAUGCUCUUGAUCGAGAUGAUCCGUUGGUUAUCCCCCAAGGAAAAUACUACCUCGGUGAUGCAGGAUUCAUGUUGAAAAACACAGUUUUGACUCCAUAUAGAGGUGUCAGAUAUCACCUUAAAGAAUAUACACGCAGAGGACCACAAAAUGCACGUGAGCUGUUUAAUCAUCGUCAUUCGUCGUUGGGAAAUGUUAUUGAAAGAACCUUUGGUGUGUUGAAAAAACAAUUCCCUAUCAUUGCAAGUGGCACUGAACCACACUAUGGAUUGGAUACAAUGACAGACAUCAUACUAGCAUGUUGUAUCUUACACAACUUCCUUCGUGGCGUGGAUAACGAUGACUCAUUACUUGAAGAAGUUGAUAACGAGUUGAAUGAUAGGGAAGACCAUAAUGUUUCAUCAUCUCAAGUCAUAGAAGAGGACCAUAGGAUUGGUAGUAGUAUUAGGGAUUCUAUAGCCGAUCAUAUGUGGCGAGAUUAUGAAAACUCUUAGUUAUUAUAUUUUGUUG